ACCGCGUUUCGUCGGUACGCCGAGAGCGAGUCGGGGGGGAGCUUGAGGAGGUGCAUCAGAAUCAUUCGAGGUUAUGGUGAUGGUAGGAAUAGGUUGAGGGAGGGCAGAGUCAGAAGCGGGAACUCCGUGUUUAGUCGCCGGAGCAAGCUGCGAGCUUACCAUAUAAUAGCACUGGACUUGUGUUCUAUCCAGGGUAUAUGUGCUGCUCAAAUCUCGCACUUAUUCGCGAUUUCAACGGGCUGCGACUGAGGCUGCUUUGGGAGGGUGGUCGGAGCUGAUCGGGAGCGGCGCUUGGUUUUUGGCGUCGAGCUUCACAAUUAAUGGGGGGAGGGGAGGACGACGAGAUCUCGAUGGCAGAGGUCCCGAUGCAGACUGCGGAGAAGGAAAGGGUCGACGGAUUCUGCCCCGGAAGGGUUGAGAAGACAACGGAGGGUGGUGCGAAAGAAGGUGGAGGUCCAGAGGUGUCGCUGGCAAUUCAUGGAGAGAAGUCAAAUAAACAGGAUGAGAGUAGGAUUGAAACGAAUGACUCCAGCUUAGCGAAUGAUAAAGAUGGAUCACAACAAGUAUGUUCGGGCAGUGACUAUGACGGCGGCAAAAGUGAUGACGUAGAAUCCACCGGUGGAGGUGGAUAUCCUAAAACUAACGAACCAAUCCAAGAUGCCUCUGCUGCCCAAAUCGCCCAAGAGAACAAUGAUGUAGCAAGUUUUGUUGCGAAGUUCGAGGAGAAUACUCAUCGGAUCAAAGAAAUGAAGGACAUUGUACACUCAGCAAAUGUAUGCGCUGGUUCGGGAAGGGGUACGAGUAGUGAAAGGAAGCUUGCAAGUGGCGAUCUGAAAAAGAAUUCCUGGGGAGCUGGGACGGAUCACUCUUCCACGAGAGAGGAGUCUUGUCCACAUCCAAUAUCAUUCAGUCAAGAUGUGUCGAUGCAGGAGCUUGCGACAAAUGAAUCUGAUAUCAGCCCUCACACAUUCAGGUCGAAGACUCUUACCCAGGUUUCAUUUAUUGCUCCGCAGGAACAGACUGGCUCGAGGGCAGAGGAUGCAUGCACCACGGGAUAUGGUGAAUUUCGAGACCAGAUCGAAGAGCGUUCAAGUAUGUUGUCAGGUCCAGCAAUACAGGAAAAUACUACCUCUUGUGAAGCGGCUCGAAGCAUUUUGGCAGUUCCUGAUGUAAAUGAACAGAUCGACACAAGAAAUAAGACCCCAAGCACGAGUCCUGCUACCGAGUUGCAUGAACAGAUUCCCCGACAUUCAGGUGCUCGAAGCUUCAAGUCAGGUCCCGUGGCACAGGAACAGGACACUCCAAACACAGGAACUUCAAAUACGACGUCAGAUUCUAGAGCUGAGGAACAUAUGAUUCCUUGUGAAGAAGAUUCAAGCAUGAAGUCAGCUCCCGUAGCACAUGAACAGGACACUCCAAGCGCAGGAACUUCAAAUACGACGUCAGAUUCUAGAGCUGCGGAACAUAUGAUUCCUUGUGAAGAAGAUUCAAGCAUGAAGUCAGUUCCCGUAGCACAGGAGCAGGACACUCCAAGCGCAGGAACUUCAAAUACGACGUCAGAUUCUAGAGCUGAGGAACAUAUGAUUCCUAGUGAAGAAGCUUCAAGCAUGAAGUCAGCUUCUGUAGCACAGGAGCAGGACACUCCAAGCGCAGGAACUUCAAAUACGACGUCAGAUUCUAGAGCUGCGGAACAUAUGAUUCCUUGUGAAGAAGAUUCAAGCAUGAAGUCAGCUCCCGUAGCACAAAAGCAGGACACUCUAAGCACAGGAACUUCGAAGACGACCACAGCUUCUGGACCUGAGGAACAUAUGAUUCCUAGUGAAGAAGCUUCAAGCAUCAAGUCCACUCUCGUAGCACAGGAUCAGGACACUGCGGGUGCUGGAACUUCAAUUACGAUCUCAGCUUCUGGUGCUGAGGAAUCCCCAAAGCCAUUCCCGAUUCCUCUUGAUGACGAGGGAAAGGAGGUUUUGGCAACUGAUUUGCUUCAUUUGCCGAAGAGCGGAGUGUCCCAUUCUGCUUCACUAGCAUUUAGCGAAGGUCCAGCUUUGCAACAUGAACGGAAGGAUCCAACGGAGUCCGCACCGUGCAGUCAUGAUUUCAAUGUGUUGGAAGACAUGAGUGCGUCGUCAGGGAUUACGAAGCCUGCCACCUCGUGCGAACCUUCGAAUGUACUGCCACAAACGGAGGAGUCGCUUCUGCCCAGUGUGUCGGGGAAGAUCAAAGAGUUGCCUACUUGCAGCGAAGCAUUAAGUGUGUUGCCGGAGUCUAAUAAACUGGAAACAAGUGGAUCUCGUUUGGACGGAACACAAUCAUGGAGGCUCCGAGAAGAAGGGUUCGCAGGUAUUCAUGUUCGCGAUUUUGAACAAUUAUUGAUUAAGAAAGAACUAUUGAUCGGCGAGCUCCAGGAGGAACUCAAACGACAGAAAUGUGUUGACCAGGUCAAUAGUCAUUUGAAACAUGCGAAAGAAGAGCACCUGAGGAAAAGAAUUGAAGAUUGGCGUACUGCUUGUAUGUCCUUGAAGGAGACGUUGAAAGAUAAAGAUGAAAAGAUCAAUGAACUGCAUCAACAUAAUAGUGCGUUGUGGAAACGUAUCCAGCAACUUCAACUGGAUAAUAAUGAGUUGAAGAAUCAGCUGUCCCGCUCUGAGCUACAACGUGCAGAUGAGCUACUCACUCCUGGAUCAUAUCUCGAUGACACGAAAGCGGCAACUCCUGCUCUUUUCGUUAAUGCUCUUAAUGCCGUGAAGGAUGCCUCCAUCAACUUCUGCAAAUUGUUGAGACCAUAUGUGCAGAAUUCACGCUUUGAUGCUCUUCAGGAGCGUACUGGAGCAGUUUCUAGAUCUGGACACAGCAAAUUUCAACACCAAGCGUUCGUUUGUAGUAUCCUAUUCGAAAGCUUUGAAUAUGAAAGCUUUCAUAGUUCUCAUGCAAGCAUGUCCAAGCCUGUGUGGACGCCGCAGUCAUGUUUCCAGCAGUAUCAGGUGCACGAUAUCAAAAAGUUUCCUGACAUGGUUGAAAGAGUAAUCCAGAUGGAUUCACAGAUUGACAAAUCGUUGCGCAAGUUUUGCUUUGAGAGAUUUUUCAAGUUUGUGCACGAGGCAGAAAUCAAAGACCAUUUUAGUGAUAGUGAAGGCAAGUUCUACUACGUCGGGCAGAAUCCUCAAGAUUUGAAGUUCUUCACUAGUUUCUGCAAACUUGCAGUGUCGGUGUGGUUGUUGCAUAGGUUAGCUUUCUCUUUUAGACAACCCGCGAGGAAAUUUAUUGUUGACCGCGGCAUUUCAUUGGAUCUCGCCAGAAUGUGCUCCGUCGUGCCUCUUGAUGACCCAUCCUCUGAAGAGGAAGUACAGGGGCUUAAGGUGGGAUUCUACGUACUCCCAGGAUUUGAUAUUGGCAAUAGCACAAUACCCUGCGAAGUUUAUGUCAGAUUAAAGUAGAAACCCUGUAGAAAUCAUUUCCUCAGUUGAAAAAUGCAUUGUUGACCGCCGUGCUACAGUAGCUUUUGCUAGAAUUUGCUCUUUUCGUGCCUCGCAAUGAUGGAUUUUCUGAUGAAGAGGUACUGCAGCGCAAAGUGGAGUUCUACGUGCUCUCAAAGUAGAAUACUCUGUGAGGUUUAUGUCAGUCUAAGAUAGCCUAGUAGAAACCAUUUUGAAUUGUAGUUUGCUUCAAUUCUGUCCGGUCACUUGACUAUUAAUUCCCCCUAUUAUCAUGCUUACACCGAGUGUUGUUUUGUUUGGAGUUUUGUAAAUGAACACCUCAUGACGUCUUGUGCUGAAUA